UCCCUCCCUCUCUCCUCUACCUGCCCUCCCUCCCCCAGCUUGAAAUUGGGGUCUUCACCUCAUCCGUCGGAAGAAAAUUCUCUCCCUCCCACCUUCUCUCUCUCUAGAUUCUCUCUCAUACAAUCCACAACCUCUCUCUAGAUUCUCUCUCGUAUGCAAUGGCGCCGAGUCUCAGGGACCUGCAGCUGACACCGGUCUCCGGCGGCGGCCGGAAACAUCCGGCCGACGAGGAAUCCGGCGACCUGGAGGACGUGAGGCUGCUCGACGCGUACGAGGACAGGAAUUCGAAGAAUCUAACGUUCGAUGAAGAACGUUUGAGGAGAAUUCAAGUGAGUGUGGUGGGGAUGACGUGUGCGGCUUGUUCGAAUUCCGUCGAAGGAGCCUUGAGAGGCAUCGAUGGGGUUGUACGAGCCUCGGUGGCUCUGCUGCAGAACCGGGCCGACGUCGUUUUCGAUCCCAAUUUGGUAAAGGAAGAAGACAUCAAGAUUGCAAUAGAAGAUGCAGGGUUUGAGGCAGAAGUUCUACCCGAACCAAGUACAACUCGAACAAAUCCAAAGGGAACCCUGGUGGGGCAGUUCACUAUAGGAGGAAUGACAUGUGCUGCUUGUGUAAAUUCUGUUGAAGGCAUCUUAAGGGAUCUCCCAGGAGUGACAAAAGCAGUAGUUGCUUUGGCGACGUCAAUGGGGGAAGUUGAGUAUGAUCCCACUGUAAUUAGUAAGGAUGACAUAGUCAAUGCAAUUGAAGAUGCUGGUUUUGAAGGUUCACUUGUUCAAAGCAGUGAGCAAGAUAAAAUCAUACUUGGGGUUGCUGGAAUAUCCAACGAUUUAGACGGGCAUCUUUUGGAAGGUAUACUUGGCAACAUGAAAGGAGUGAGGCAGUUUUGUUUCAACAGGGCAUCAAGAGAACUAGAAGUUCUCUUUGAUCCUGAAGUAAUUAGUUCUAGAGCCUUAGUGGAUGCAAUUGAGGGGGGAAGCUUUGGAAAGUUUAAACUACAUGUGAAGAAUCCUUAUACAAGAAUGACUAAGAAAGAUACAGAGGAAUCCUCAAAAAUGUUUCGGCUUUUCACUGCCAGUCUAUCUCUCAGCGUUCCUAUCUUUUUCAUGGGAGUAGUCUGCCCGCACAUACCUUUGUUGUAUGCUUUAUUGCUCCGGCAAUGUGGGCCAUUCCAAAUGGGUGAUUGGUUGAAGUGGGCAUUGGUUACUGUUGUUCAGUUUGGUGUUGGGAAGCGUUUCUACAUUGCUGCUGGCAGAGCUCUUCGAAAUCGUUCAACAAACAUGGAUGUUUUGGUUGCACUGGGUACCUCGGCCUCUUACUUCUACUCUGUUUGUGCUCUUUUGUAUGGUGCAGUCACUGGGUUUUGGUCUCCUACAUACUUUGAAACAAGUGCGAUGCUUAUAACAUUUGUUCUGUUGGGAAAAUACUUGGAAUCGCUUGCCAAAGGGAAGACAUCAGACGCUAUAAAAAAGCUAGUGGAGCUCGCCCCUGCGACUGCUUUGUUGCUUAUCAAGGACAAGGGUGGAAAAAGUGUUGGAGAAAGGGAGAUAGAUGCUUUGCUGAUUCAGCCUGGUGACGUUUUAAAAGUCAUUCCUGGUUCAAAGGUUCCUGUAGAUGGUGUGGUCUUGUGGGGUUCAAGUUAUGUCAGUGAGAGUAUGGUUACUGGUGAAUCCACACCUGUCUUGAAAGAGGUGGAUUCAUCAGUUAUUGGAGGUACUAUGAAUUUGCAUGGUUCCCUUCAUGUAAAAGCAACGAAAGUUGGUUCUGAUACAGUUUUGAGCCAGAUAAUUUGUCUGGUGGAAACAGCACAGAUGUCCAAAGCUCCCAUUCAGAAGUUUGCUGAUUUCGUUGCUAGCAUUUUUGUCCCUACAGUUGUUGCUAUGUCACUGGUGACGUUGUUGGGGUGGUACUUUGGUGGAGUUAUGGGAGCUUAUCCAGAAGACUGGCUACCCAACAAUGGAAAUUAUUUUGUUUUCGCUCUCAUGUUUUCCAUAUCGGUUGUAGUGAUCGCAUGCCCCUGUGCACUUGGCUUGGCCACCCCAACUGCUAUCAUGGUUGCAACAGGAGUUGGAGCUAAUAAUGGUGUCCUAAUUAAAGGAGGCGAUGCUUUGGAGAGGGCUCAGAUGGUUAAAUAUGUGGUAUUUGAUAAAACAGGCACCCUAACCCAGGGAAAAGCCUCAGUUACUACUGCAAGAGUUUUCACAGGAAUGGAACGUGGAGAAUUCCUUACAUUGGUAGCUUCAGCAGAGGCUAGCAGUGAACACCCAUUGGCAAAAGCAAUUGUUGAAUAUGCUCGCCACUUCCAUUUCUUCGACGAGCCUUCCACUACCAAGGAUACCCAGAACCACAGCAAAGAGUCUAAAUUCUCUUCAUGGCUUCUUGAUGUCUCAGAUUUCUCUGCUCUUCCCGGAAGGGGUGUCCAAUGCUUUAUUGAUGGAAAACAGAUUUUGGUUGGUAACCGGAAGCUACUGACAGAAAAUGGGAUCUGUAUUCCGACAUUUGCGGAGGAUUUUGUUGUAGAAUUGGAAGAAAGUGCAAGGACGGGUAUUCUGGUUGCAUAUGAUAGUGCCUUAAUUGGUGUUCUGGGGGUAGCAGAUCCAUUAAAGAGAGAAGCUGUUGUUGUUGUGGAAGGCCUUGUGAAAAUGGGUGUGAAACCCGUCAUGGUUACGGGGGAUAACUGGAGAACAGCUCGAGCUGUUGCCAGGGAGGUUGGCAUUCAAGAUGUAAGGGCGGAGGUGAUGCCAGCUGGAAAAGCUGAUGUUAUCCGUUCGUUUCAGAAAGACGGAAGCAUAGUGGCGAUGGUGGGGGACGGUAUCAACGACUCCCCUGCCUUAGCCGCUGCAGAUAUUGGUAUGGCGAUUGGGGCGGGAACAGAUAUAGCGAUUGAGGCGGCUGACUAUGUGCUUAUGAGAAAUAACUUGGAGGAUGUAAUCACAGCCAUUGAUCUCUCAAGAAAAACCUUCUCUCGCAUCAGAUUGAAUUACGUGUUUGCCAUGGCUUACAAUGUUAUUGCAAUCCCUAUUGCCGCCGGAGUUUUGUUUCCUUGGCUGAAGAUCAAGUUGCCGCCAUGGGCAGCUGGUGCAUGCAUGGCUCUAUCAUCUGUAAGUGUUGUGUGCUCUUCUUUGCUUCUUAGGAGAUAUAGAAAACCCAGACUUACCACUAUACUCGAAAUAACUGUCGAGUAGAUACAUGGGGAAGAAAAAUUUGAGUAUCCCAUUGUCGAUUUGUAGAGAACUCAAGCACACGGGGGAGGGGGUUUCUCUUUCUUCUUUUUUUUUUUUAUAAUUUUUAUGUAAAUGGGGUUGUUCUUCUAUCAACCCCUUUCAAUGUACAGUAUAUGCCAAUUGUUUUAUCACUAAACAGCUACUCGCGUGCAAAGGCCCAUUUAACUGAUGGUGGAUAGUUGUGCAUAAGUUGUGCCAAUUGAAGAAUAGGAUUUGAGGAUCGCAACCAUAUAUCCCGUUAAAAAAAAUAAACAAAUUUGCAAUUACAUUUAUAUCCUGUUUCGACAAUGGUCAUAGAUACUUUUGGGUCACAAAUUGGUGCACGGCCCACUUUCGAGUCUCACAAAAAUGACUCAAGCCACUCAUUAAUUUUAAAAUAAUUUUUCGAGUGGUCUCGUGAAAAAUCAACUUAAUCGGAUAACCGUAGGUACUUGAUCUAUUUUUACAUUUUGAAAGAAAAAUAAUUGGAUCAAGCAUAUACGUUUAUCCGAUUGAGUUGAUUUUUUACUGGACCACUGAUAAAAAUAUUUGGAAAUUAAUGAACGGCUCGGAUUAUUUGUUUGGAACCCGAACGUGGGUCCCGUGCAACAAUAUGUGCACCAUUGGUUGGUACCCAUAGAAUUUUUUUUGUUUUUUUAGCAAAAAUAAUUUCAUUCAUCACGAGAGGAUACAAAAUAAAAUCAGUACAAUACGGUGAAAAAAGAAAAGCAUAUAGAGAGAAUGGUAAGCAAUCUAUCUAAGGUUGCUUCUUUCUUUAUUUCUUAAAACAAGGUUCUCUUACCCGGCGGUGCUAUUAAUAGGCUUUAUUUCGAACCCGUAUGUGGACUGAAGAGGUGGAUUUCUCGCCGAUGUGCACCAGGUUGGUGACGGCCCGUUCUCCCGGACAGUAACUAUGGCUCGAACUAGACAUUCUAUUGGAGGGUAGGGAGCCCGUAGCCCCCUAUGGUCACACCCAAGAAGGAGUUACUACGCUGGUCGCCCCUUCCCACUCUUUAGAUUAUCAACAAAAAAAAAAAAGGUGAGGGAAAGACAGUUAUAGCAUCCAAAUAUAUAUUAAGCCACUCUGACCCUAUGAGUGACAAUAUGAGAGAUGAUGAUUCUACUGAAUGACCACAAUGUUACCAAAAAACCACCGCCGGACAUGAUCCACGGUAUUGUGACGGGGAUUUUCAAGAUGCCAGCGUAAUGGCAACGACUGCCUCCACCAGUGACAUGUUGUGCCCAAGGAAUUCGGUACUGGUGCAGGUGGCCAAUCGAACAACUGUAAGAGGUGAGCAUUGAUACCGAUCCAAAGGCGGUCUAAUGUCAUCCAAAGGAACAGCAAUCCACACUCCUCAAAGCAAAAGCCACCAAUUUUUGAGCUUUGGUACAACAAUUUAUUGGCUGCAACAGUAUCAAUACCUUGUCAUUUUGGGGGUCGGAGAGGCCUAUCAACAUAGUAAAAAAUUUCAUGUAAUUCGAUGAAGAACCAUUUGGAUGCAAUUAGAAUCAUCAACAAACUCUA